CACCUGUGUGAUGUUACCUACUGAAUAAUAUAGGGUUAGGGAGCUUAGGUAGUGGAAACCUGAGCCAAGCCAACAGUGUUUAUUGGAAAAUUCCAGUACUAGCUUUCUGUGCAGUUCUUAGAGCAUAGAUCCAGAGUAAAGCCGACAGAGAAAGAUCUUGGCAUACCUUCAGGAGCACCACUCAAGGUGAAGAGCAGAGAAGUAGAACCAGGUGUGUUCUAAAAAAAUAAAAAUUAAGCCCUGAAUAUGGACAAUCAGAAAUGGAAAUAGAAGAAUAUAAGAUCUUUAUGUGCUAAGCCUAAAGUGAGCCAAGUUCUUUUAUCUUACUGCAGUCAUUUCUUAGGUACAGCUGAAUAAAGAAGAAGCAAGAGACAUAGAGGUGGAAGAGGUGACCUGCCUGUUCCUGCUGGACUACAAGGUGCUCAGUCUUGUGUUGUAGAAGAUGGUGCAUAUACCAGACGAUGCAGAUUUUAACUCUUUUCGGGAGCAGUGUGAGCAUUUGGAGGGCUGGCAAUGCCAGUAUAGCAAGGGGGGAGUGACUGUAUGGAGUCAGGAGCAGGACAGCAGCAAGGCUGUGAAGAAACUCAAGAUGUGUAUUGUGUGCAAAGAUGUUUCUGCUGAAGUGCUUUAUGAUGUUCUCCAUGACACAAGCUAUCGUAGGAAAUGGGAUUCCAACAUGAUAGAGACCUAUGACAUUGGCAGACUGACAGUUAAUGCGGAUGUCGGGUAUUAUUCUUGGAAGUGUCCAAGUCCAUUAAAAAACAGAGAUUUUGUUACUUUGCGUUCUUGGUUGCCGCUUGGAAACGAUUACAUGAUAAUAAAUUAUUCUGUAAAACACCCGAAGCACCCUCCCCGAAAAGACUUUGUGAGAGCAGUUUCCUUGCAGACUGGGUAUCUCAUUAAAGCUAAUGGACCCAAAAGCUGCGUGCUAUAUUACCUAACACAAGUGGAUCCAAAAGGUUCAUUACCAAAGUGGGUUGUAAAUAAAGUUUCACAGUUUGUGGCCCCAAAGGCCAUGAAAAAGAUCUAUAAGGCUGGACUGAAAUACCCUGAAUGGAAAAGAAGACAUGAACCACAUUUCAAGCCUUGGAUUUAUCCAGAGCAAAACACCCUACCUAGUGUUAACCUGGAAGACUUGUUAAUUCAGCGAGCUGACGAGUUAGAAAAUAUUGAUGAGAGUGGAGUAUCUGAAGAGCGAAUGCAUAUUAGUGAUGAUGAAGAUGGUCUUUCAAAGGAAUCUUAGAUAACAUGUGGCCGAUGAUAGUCUUUUCAAAUGAUGGUUCUUCCACUGCGCUUCUUUCAUUCUUCUCCUACUAAAUUUGGUUGAAGUCUUCAUAUUACAUGAAUGUUGUGUGAUUGUAACACUAGUGUUUCCACUUGUUCUUUUGCAUUACUACUCAUUUUAGUUCAAAUAUCGAUGUCUCUUUUAGGCUUAGGCAGGUUUCUCUGGCUGAAGUGCUGCUUCCAUGGGGUUUCAGGUUAGUAUCCUCAAUCAACCAAGAGUGCAAGGUGUUUGGUAAUGCCCACUUGCAUAGGCCUUUAGCCUACCUAUGUUUACCCUGUCGUGUCCUGACAUGGUUAUUAUGUUCUUUAUUUUGUUCAAAAUGCAAUAAAAAAAAGAUAACUUUUUAGUA